ACAGGUUAAGAAAUAAAACAGAUGCUAAAAGUUUCAGAUCAGAUUUAUCAGACAUUUCUCAGCUGAUGCUGUUCUGCUGUUGAUGGUCAUGUCUUCAACCUGGAGUCUGAGCGCUGGGUUAAAACAGCAGUCCGGUGGAACAGCAGCUGGAUAUUAGGCUAUUAUGUAACCUCAGAAAUUGAGACAAGGGGUUAACGGGGACACUCCUCCGCCAGACGGACCGGCGCUGCGCGAGAGGAAAACGGAGAAGGGAGGAGGCGGGGUCAAUCGCGCGCGUCGGAUUUCACAAAACACAUACACACGCAGAUACACACACGCUUGCACACGCAGGCACGUGACUCCAAAUGGCCGCUGUCGCUUCCUCAGCCUCGCGCAGAGCUCCGUCCCCACUUCCCGUCUCUCCGUCCGAGGCUUUCCAACGCGCGCGCCGUUUCUAAGCCUGCUUUCCUGUUUCCCAUUUGGAGGUCACUUGCGCACGGGGAGGGUUACACACACACACACACACACACACACACACACACACACACACACACACACACACACGCGCGCGCGCACAGAGCAAGAAAAACGCCGGCACGACACCCUGGAGUAACAGCAUCACCGCUCAUCAGAACCGAACCGGCGAGAAGAACUCGAUCAGUCGAGAUACGCCGGUGGGCGGAGCCAACAGGUUCCAGCUUCCAGUGAAAAGGACACAUACUAGAUCAGUGGCUCAUGAGAAGGGAAACAGGGAAAAGAGGACAUAAAACUAAUGGCUGCUCACUUCAUUUCAAAUUACAGAGGGGAACCUUCUAGAAGCUUCUCGGCACAUCAGAUUUCUUCCUAACGUGACGUCUUCUCCCGCCGUCUCCCACCGGCUGGACGCUGCUACGUAUACGACGGCGAGCUCUCCAUCCAUCUCUCCAUUCCUCCAUCCCUUUUUUUCUAAACACUGCAGAGUUUUCCUUCAAGAAGCAGAAACUACCUGAAGGAUCUGGAGCCUUGUACACACAAACGUACACAAUCACACAUACAUAUAUGCACACACUUUGGAUGGGGGAGGAAUCCCCGUGACUUUUCCUUGAAGUGGCCAUUUUGGAUUUUGUGGAUUAUACGUGUCCUGCGCCAGCCAUGUCGGGAAAGGGCUUUCCUGUGGCUCACUUCUCCUACUUCCUUCCUCACAUGAUUGGAGGGCUUUCGCCACCCUCGAUACCCACAAUGUCUGUGAGUGGGUACAGCACGCCCUCACCAGCCACCGUGGAGACGCAGAGCACGAGUUCGGAGGAAAUCGUCCCCAGUCCGCCGUCUCCUCCUCCACCGCCGAGGGUCUACAAACCCUGCUUCGUCUGCCAGGACAAGUCCUCUGGCUACCACUACGGCGUCAGUGCCUGUGAAGGAUGCAAGGGCUUUUUCCGAAGGAGCAUCCAGAAGAACAUGGUGUACACGUGUCACCGGGAAAAGAGCUGCAUCAUCAACAAGGUGACGCGGAACCGCUGCCAGUACUGCCGCCUGCAGAAGUGUCUGGAAGUGGGAAUGUCCAAGGAGUCGGUGCGGAACGACAGGAACAAGAAGAAGAAGGAGGAGAAGAAGGUGGAGUGUGUGGAGAGCGGUGUGCUGAGUGCUGACACAGAGCUCAUGAUCGAGUCCGUGAGGAAAGCUCACCAGGACACAUUCCCUUCACUCUGUCAGCUUGGCAAAUAUACCACGAGUAACAGCUCGGAGAGACGUGUCUCACUGGACGUUGAUCUGUGGGAUAAAUUCAGCGAGCUGUCCACCAAGUGCAUCAUCAAGACGGUGGAGUUUGCCAAGCAGCUUCCCGGCUUCACCACGCUCUCCAUCGCUGACCAGAUCACACUGCUCAAAGCCGCCUGCCUCGACAUUCUGAUUCUGCGCAUCUGCACACGCUACACACCUGAGCAGGACACCAUGACGUUCUCAGACGGGUUGACGCUGAACCGCACGCAGAUGCACAAUGCCGGCUUCGGACCGCUCACGGACCUGGUGUUUGCCUUCGCCAACCAGCUGCUGCCCCUCGAGAUGGACGACGCAGAGACGGGCCUGCUCAGCGCCAUCUGCCUGUUGUGUGGGGAUCGUCAGGAUCUGGAAGAAGCCGAUAAGGUGGACGUGCUGCAGGAGCCGCUGUUGGAGGCACUGAAGCUGUAUGUGAGGAAGAGGAGGCCACACAAACCCCACAUGUUCCCCAAGAUGCUGAUGAAGAUCACAGACCUGCGGAGCAUCAGUGCCAAGGGGGCAGAGCGAGUGAUCACGCUGAAGAUGGAGAUCCCUGGCUCAAUGCCUCCUCUCAUCCAGGAGAUGCUGGAGAAUUCAGAGGGGUUGGAGAGCACAGGGAGUGGAGCUAAUGCACGGUCAAACCCCGCUCCUUCAGGCAGCUGCAGUCCCUCACCCACGCCUAGCUCUGCCCAUAGCAGCCCAUCCACACAGUCACCCUGACAUUCACACAGAGACAGACAAUAUCCUCCUCUUCCUCUUAGCCCCGCCCGCUCAGUGCUGCAGGGGCUCGGUCGUCCGCCACUUCACUUACCUCUCUCCGCUGCUGUAAAGACUCAUCAGACCUUCGGUAGAGAGAACAUUUUACAGACACGUAAACGUGAACAAGAGCGAAGAACUCAGAACUUGUGUGGACUUUUUUUUUUUCUUCUUCAUUUUUUUCCCUCCAACAUCUCAGGCCUGGACUUCACCACGAUGAAUUAAACGAUGGACUUGGCCUAGCUUCCAAAAGGCCUUUUUUUUUUUUUUUUUU